UUUCAUAUCUUCCUCACUCGUAUGCUUCAUCCAAUUAUCUCUCUCGUAGAUCCAACAUGUCGAUGUGAUCGUUUAUGCAUAUGCCGUUAGGUCCAGUUCGGUUAGUUUGAUCUGUGCACAAUUGAUACGAGUGCCAUUGUUUAUCACCUAAUUACACGUAGUGCCAAUUGUGAAAGACAAGAAAUAAUAAAGUCAAAAGCAACAAUAUGAUGCAAUUUAUGUUAUUGUUCAGCCGUCAGGGAAAACUUCGUUUACAAAAAUGGUAUGUCGCGCAUCCGGAUAAAUUGAAGAAGAAAAUCACACGUGAAUUAAUAACUACGAUACUCGCACGUAAGCCAAAAAUGUCGAGUUUCUUAGAAUGGAAAGAUGUCAAAGUUGUCUACAAAAGAUAUGCAAGUUUAUAUUUUUGUUGCGCAAUUGAGCAAAAUGACAAUGAACUACUCACUUUGGAAAUUAUACAUCGAUAUGUUGAAUUGUUGGAUAAAUAUUUCGGCAGUGUAUGCGAGUUGGAUAUAAUUUUCAACUUUGAGAAGGCAUACUUUAUCUUAGACGAAUUACUUGUCGGUGGUGAAAUUCAAGAAACUAGCAAGAAGAAUGUUUUGAAAGCCAUUGCUGCUCAGGAUUUGUUACAGGAGGAAGAAACUCCUCAGGGAUUCUUCGAGGAUCAUGGACUGGGAUAAUAUUCUUCAAAGCGCGCAUACAUGAAUGUCGUAAGUGUACAUUCCUGCACUUUUGUUCUACCAUUCCGCGUUGACGCAUUUCAAAAGAUUAGAUAAAUAUAUGUACGUACGUAUGGGUUUUGGUGCAGACAUACUUGCAGUUGUCAAAUUUAUUAUUUUCAUAAUACAUCAGAAACAAACAUACACAAACACACACAUACAUAUAAAUCAUUCCAUAUUUUUUGAAGCUACAGGUCCUUUUGACUCCGAUAUUUCGCGCAUCUUUUUUGCAUAUUACUUUAAUUAGCUAUAUUUACAUCAAUAUAUAAUAGUGACACACACAACUGAACAUGUUCCAAUAGACACAAGUAAAUUUGCCAUCCUACAUAUUUUUCACUUUUGCGUCUUUAUUGAUAAAAAAAUAAGGUAAAAAGAAAAUUAAAAAAAACUUUCCUCGAGUGGCGACGUAUACAAUCUGAAAACUUUCAUUGUUUAUUGAAUGAGAAAGAAUGACAAAAUGUUUUGACAUUAUCAACGCGAUAACGUAAAAUUCCGUGCUUUUUUGACAUAUCACAUAAAAUAGAAAAGUAAGAUUUCGGUGAAGGAUUUCUUAUUUUUCUUAAUUUUACCGACUUUUUUUUAAUAAAAGAGAGUAAUUGCGGAAAUUAUCUAUUUAUAUAACAGUAUGAAACGUUAUAAUUAGAUAAAAUGAAGUUACAUGUAAGCUAAUCAGAUCAAGUUUAAAACCUUGUUUAUACAUAAUCACUUGUUACGCGAGAUGUGAUGUAUUGUUAAUUAAAUAUCAUAUAUAUUCUGUAUUACAUAAUAUAUCAUUAAUGAAAUUCCGGGUAUUUCUCUGAAACCUACAUAUAGAUAUGCUAUAAUGCUAUAAUAGAUAUGCUCUAUAAUAAGUGUUGUCACACACACACACACACACACACACACAUUUUUAAUCAAUGUUAAAGAGGAAAGUUGAAUAUAAUCUAAUAUAGUAUAACGAGGGCAAGCUCUGUUGGAAUGUAUUGAGAGAUAUACAGACUGUGCCAGAGAAAGAUGGGAAUCAAUAGCUGGCGUUUAUUCUUUAACGAUAUUCGAGGUGGUUUAUUAGUAAAUGUCGAAGUUGGUAUAAAACAUUCUCAUUCUUAUUAUUAUCGUCACAUCAUUGUUAUUAUCACAUAUAUGAUGUUUCCCAUGUCACUAUAGAGUUAAAGGAAUAUUUGAUUAUAUUAGUAUUUACUGUAAUCUUUAAAUUGCGUACUGUGCGUAUAUACGCACUGUACAAGUUGCGUCAACCUCGCCAGAUUCAAUUUUUUAAUAGUAAUUCGUUAGAAAAAUUAAGUGCAAUAGUACGCAUUCUCUCAUUAUAGAAUUACAUCACACCCUAUAUUUUCAUGAAGCUUGAAACGCGUCUUUACGUGGCAUAGCGAAAGAGUAAAAAUUAUCGAUUUCCGUGUCCACUUGUUGAAACUAAUCGAAAUAUUUUGUAACGUAAUUAUAUGUCGUUAAGCUGUGCGAUUGAGGUGUUUAAAAAUCUCGCAUUUCUACGCUCACGAGAUACUUGCCGUAUCAAAGAUCAGACAAUAAAUUAAGUAUGUGCGAAAAUAAUCGCUUGUAGCAUUUUACAUGCGUCACGCGACACGCGUAAACAUAUAUAACACACUACACAUAUCCGAUUUUCAAUCUUACGUGUUUACGAACAGUAUUUCUGUUUCGCCAUCGUGUAGAUUGAAAAUUGUUAAGACCUCAAGAAGAUAGGCAUUAUACCGUUAGACGAUAAAAAAAGAAAAAAGCUUUGCGACUUAUCCCUGUCUGUCUUUUUUUAUAACUUUAUUAAACUUCGUUACACACACGCACACGCACAACAUAUACCGUGGAUGUCGAUAUUUAAGUAGCGUUAGGCCACGAUAACGUACUUAAAACUAUUGCGUUUCAAGGCCAUCUUAUUUUAUAUUUUAUGUUUCCCUUUUAUAUAUAUAUAUAUAUAACCAGCAACAUUCAAUAUCGUCCUUGCACUUGGUUAUAAUUACGCAAGCGAGAUGUCAUACUUUCUUGCGUUAAGCUUACACACCAACGUCGGAGUGUUAGCGUGUAUAUUUUGUCGGGAACAAAUCAAAAGUAAUUGUUAAGUUAUUAUCUUCAUUGUGCUAUCCGGCAGGAUAACUAAUAAUACUCGACAGAACUGUAGGAGCGUAAAAUAAGACUUUAUCGAUGUUAAGAACAUGAGAUAUGUAUUACGUAUUAAUACCGAAGUGUUGCAUUGACAAACGACGAUGCUUUGUGCUCCGUCCAAGAUAAAUAAAAUGUAUAAAAAAAAACACCUCACGCGCGUUAUUACGUUUCACGUUGUGAGCGUAUCUCUGCGAUACGUGUCGGAUGUGUACCGAUUUAAUUUCGACCGUAUGUUUUUCUACAAAAUCUCGAACGAGAGUGACAUUUGUUACAUUUAUCCUGCACGUUCCAUCAUUGUUUACGAUGAUUGUUGCGCGCACAUACAGCAUAAACAAACGCGAACGCAAUACAUGUCGCAGGUAUCAUAAGUUAUCCUCUCUGUCUUUCCUUCGGACUCUGGUCAAUUUCGGCAAAAUCGGAAGCCGUGGCUGACGUCGCUCAACAUAUUCGUGCCCUAUGAGGAACUAUUGUGCGACCGUAAAUGCGUCACAAGCCUACGCGUUGUGUCAGAGGUCGUGCGACCUUCGGCGCGCCAAGGUCGCGUCAACCUUUUGCGCGCGCUAUAUUGUAUGAUUUAUUUAAUUAUUUAACUCACCCUAAAUUGUGAAUUAGACGUUGUUACACACGGGGUACAUUAUAAUACUCAAUUAUUUAACGCGUCCGCGCCGACCGGUGUCCGCGCGUUAAAUUAUAUAACCAUCGGUCGUCGAAACGUUACGGUUACAAUUAAAGACUCAGGAAAAAAUUAUUAUUUAUUAUUAUAUAUAAUUAUAUAAAAUCAUACGUGAAUUUUUGCUCAUAUAUGUGGCCACAUAUAUAUGAUUAUAUGUAUUUAUACGAAAAAAAAAAAAAAGAAAUGUCGUUUAAUUAAAUGUGCUGUUAGAAGGACAAAUGUAGCCAGAAGUAUUUACUCCGAUUGUACUUGCAUCAUAAUUUGUAAACAACAGUAUUUUUUCGUUGUAGACACAUAUGAUUGUACAUGGUUGUAUGGGCGAAUUUCACACAUGAUCUUUUUUCUUUCCCGUGGAAGGGAAA